CACAUAGCCUCAAAAUCCACAGCACAACACCGCAGGAUCAACCAUGCCCAGCCUCCAAGAAAUCACCACCCUCAUCAACAAAGCCUCUCCCUUCAUGUUCAUCUCCUUUCUGCUCUUCAGCAACGCCUUCCAUUACUACGUCGGCACCACUGAUUCCGAAUUCAUACUCUCCCAGAAUCUAAGCGUGCUCGUCGCCUUGGCGGGUGUUUAUAUUAGGGAUUCGUUUCCGGGAAAUGCUAAGCUUAAGCUGUUGAGUAGCGUUACUACGACUGUGGCGUUUAUCUUCAUGCCCAAGCCUUAUUUGGUUUUGAUUCCUGGUUUCAAGGAGUGGUGGGGUACAAAAUAGGGCUGUACUCGUGGCUAAGAUUGGUUUGAUUGCUAGGUUCGAUGUUGCCUGUUGUUUACUAGUCGCGUUAUUUGAUUGGGGAUAGGGAUCUACAC